CAGGAAGUGCAGGCGGGUGGGCGAAUAUCGGAGGCCAAGCAGCAGGGUGUCCCGCUCCUCUGUUACCACCGUGAACAGGUUUCCAUGCUCUCGUUUCAUGUCCUUCUGGCGAGUGAAAACAUGAACAGGAUGAAUCUGGCUGCAACAGCCUCAGGCUUCAGGAUGUGGAAGUCCCAGUGUUCAGCACCCAGAGGUUUGCCUGCCUGUCGAUCCCACUGUGUGUCAGUCCUCAUCAGCUCUACCUUUAAAACAUAUGCAUUGAAUCCAGGAAUUGUGGAAUCAGAGCCAGAAGGGGCUGUGGAGAUCAGCUCACUCGAAGCCUCAGACUGUAGGCCAGGACCAUCAGCACAGAGAGGACUCGGGGGACGCUCAGGAAGAGGGAAGUGUAUAGAACUAAAUGUUCCCUUAGAGGAGAAGAAAGGUGUCAAAUCAAUGAUCGAAGCUUCAACUUAAGAAACUUGAAGAAAAGCCAAUGCAACUUGUAGACAGAAGGAUAAGGCAGACAUCAAUGCAGUUGUAAAAGAAAAAUUAACAAAAUCAGUGAAACUAAAGCUCAUUCUUUGGGAAGAUAAUUGAUAAACUUCUAGCGAGACUGACCAGGGGAAAAAAUGAGAAGAAGCAACUUACCAGUAUCAAGAACAAACGAUGGGAUAUUAUUAACCUUUUCUCAGAAAUCGAAAAGAUAAUAAGGGACUUCUACAAAGACAUUAUGCCCACAUAUUCAAAACCUCAGAUAAUGCAGAGCAAGACCUCAUAGGCACAAACCACUGAGACCCAUUAAAGAACAAACAGGCAACUGGAAAGUCUGGUAUCUUUAAAGAAAAUUCAGUUCCUUAUAAAAUUCUACCAUACAUUUAAAGAGGACAGAAUUCCAACUCUCUGCAAUCUCAUCUAGAAACUAGAAGAAGAGGAAAUACUGGGCAGCUCCUUCUAUGAGGACAGCAUCAUGAAAACCAAAGGCAUUACAACAGAGGAAAACUACACACCGACAUCCUCAUGAAUAAAGACGUGAAAAUCCUGAAUAACAUACUAGCAAGUCAAAUCCAGCAACAUAUAAAAAGGGCAAUACAUUACAACCAAGUGGGGUUUAUCCAGGAAUUCAAGACUGGUUCAACAUUCAAAGUCAACUACCAGCACCUCUCUGUACAAGCUUUGCAAUUUCCUGUGAAUCUCUGACUUUUUCAAAAUAAAAAGCUUAAAAUAUCAACUUAUGUAACUCAUAUUAACAGACUAAAAAAGAAAACUAUAUGAUCAUCUUGACAAAUGCAUACAAAGGAUUCCACAAAAAGCUCACAUCCAUUCAUGAUAAAAUCUCUCAACAAUGGAAGGAAAUCUUUAGCCCGAAAAAAACUGAUCUAGAAAAAACUACAGCCAACAUGGUCCUUAUGGUGAAAGACUGAAUACCAUCCCCCUAAGAUCAGGCAUGUGUCAGUACACACACAUAUACCUCCUCAGUCUACCCCUGGGGAGGUGACACUCCAGUAGCAAUAAGUACACCUAUCUCCUGGUCUUGGUUUCUAAAUACCAUCAUCCACUAAAAGGGGCCAGAAGUCUCUGGCAUAGUGGUUGAUUUCAAGGAUGGAACAGAGAAAACUCAAGGGGAGUUUGGGCCGGCAGUGAGGCAUCAGGGAGUUGGAGGCAUGCUGAAGGUCCAAGGGCUGAAUUAAAGAGUUCCCAAUGGUCAAAGAUGGAACAAUUUGAACAGCCAAAUAAAUAAUGCUAAUAUUAGAUUAGAACUCAAACAAUAAACAAGUAUUCUUUAGUCCACAUUGAAGUAAAUAACAGAACGAAUAAAUAAAUGGAGGAAAGGGACAGCUCCUCCUUACAGUAGAAUUUCAUUACUAAAUGGGGGUGGAAUGGGAAAGUGGAAAAUCACCAUCAGAACGCCACAGUGCCCACUGCUGCAGGCGUGAUCCCCAGAGGAACCCGAAAACCACUGGGCGAGUGUUUCAGCAGAAGAAGUAUACCUGCAAUGUCUCAGAGAAUCUCCUCCCCAAAUAUUUAUUAAUCGCAGAAGGGAAAAAAGACCCCCAGUGAUGAGACAGAGCAACAUCAUGUAGCUCUGCCUCACUGAACACACCGCUUCCAUGGGAUUCUUCCCCACAAUAUACCCUCAUUCUAAUUGGGGGAAACUUCAGACAAACCCAAAUUUCUACAACACACCUGACCGCUGCUCUCCAUAAGUGUCAAGGUCACAAAGAGCAAGGAAAGACCAAGAAGCUGUCUCUGCCCCAAAGACUGAGAAGGCCUGACAAAUGCAAAUGGAGCCUGGGCCAGGGGAGGGCAUUCAUGGAAGGGGUGCACCAAAUGCGGUCUGCUCUUAAGUGACUAGUAACGAACCAAUGCUGAUGUUAAGGUUUGUCGUUGACACACACAUAUGUGAGGUGUGUCAAUACUAGAGGAAGCUGGGCCAGGGGCCGAGGUGACCCCUGUACGCUUUUCACAACUGUUCUGGAAAAUACACAAGAAAUCACCUGCUGAGCACAGCCGUGCCUGGACAAGCAGAGGAGACACAUGUGCUGUCAGGCCCAUCAUGCCUUGAGCUGUCUGCUCCCUGCCCAUCACCUGUCACAGACCAGAGUCCCUGGGAGGGGAGCAGGCCAACCUGCCCUUCCAUGCCUGACCCUGGUACGGUCUGCUUCAGAGGAAGUACCUGCUAUAGGCUGAACUGUGUCCCCAAGAGGACGCUGGAGUCCUAAACCCCAGUACCUGAGGAUGUGACCUUAUUUGGAAAUAGGGUCUUUGCAGAUUAUCCGGUUAUAGUGAGCUCACCAGGUGGGCCUUAAUCUGAUAGGACUGUGUCCUUAUAAAAUAAGACAUGGGCACACCCUGAGAGAUGCCACGUGAACAUGCAAGCUGAGAUUAGGGAGAUGCGUCUACAAGCCAAGGAAUCCCAAGAUGGCCUGCUCACCCCAGAAGCCAGGGAGGCCCAGGAUAGUCUCUCUUGUGGCCUCGGUAGGACCCAGCCCUGCUCACACGCUGAUCUCAGACUUGGGGCCUCAGACUGGGAAAGAAUAGAUCUCCUGUUUGAGCCACCUGGUCCUGUGGCGUUUUGUUACCACAGCCGCAGGGCAUGGAUAAGUACUGUGUACAAAUCAUGAUUCACGUUAUCUUUAUUUAGGAGCCAAACAAACCUCCAACCCCAGAGAGCAUGGCCUUGUUCAUCCAGCGGGGGAGCUGGGGCCCCGCACACCCUGGCCCCAGCCUCCCAGUGACCCCCCUCAAACAAGGUAGCUACACUCCACCCCAUGUUUUCUUUCUAGGACUAAAAACAAGUAAAGACAUCCCAUGAAAAUUUCAGGAGUUUUAUGAUGUGAGCAAUCACUCCUGGAACUAAAGCAGCUGCCGUCUGUUCUCCAGGAUGCCGCUGGCUCUCAGCACCAACACGGAAGGGAAGCCAGCGGCCCCGUAGAGGGACAACAGAGAGGAGGGGUAUAAAGGCAGCACACAGCACCUCACUCACACACUCACACUUACGCCCACACUCAAACCGCCCAGCAUGGCCGCCUCCACCCUGUGUGCCUGCUCCAGUGACCUGAGCUACGGCCGCCGGGUCUGCCUACCCGGGUCCUGGGGCUCCUGCACAGGCCCCUCCUGGCAGAGGGACGACUGUCCCGAGAGCUGCUGCGAGGCCCCCUGCUGCACCCCCAGCUGCUACCAGUCCAGCUGCUGUGCCCCAGCCCCCUGCCUGAGCCUCGUCUGCACCCCCGUGAGCUGCAAGUGCAGCUCCUGCCAAUCAGCCUGCACCAGCUCGUGCACACCCUCCUGCUGCCAGGUGUCUAGCUGCCAGCCCUCCCGCUGCACCCCCUCUCCAUGCCAGCAGGCCUGCUGCUUGCCCAUCUGCUGCAAGCCCGUGUGCUGUGUGCCCGUCUGCUCUGGGGCUGCCCCCUGCCCGGUGCCCCCAUGCUGCCAGCCCACCCACUGCCCCCUGUCCUGCUGCAGACCCUCCUCCUGCACGUCCCUCACCUGCCACCCCAUGUGCAGGCCCGCCUGCUGCGUGCCUGCCUCUCCCUGCCAGCCCAGCUGCUGCCGCACGGCCUCCUGCAUGUCCCUGCUCUGCUGCCCCGCGUGCACCCGCCCUGCCUGCUGCUGACCCACUCAAUCCCCAGGCCAGAAGGACUCAGGCCCAUCCCGGGACUGGCCCUCUGAGCCUCCCCUCAGUCUGGUCCUGACCUGUGUUAGGCGGCUGCCCCCCUCAGGACAGGGUUGCUCCCUGUGUCCACCAUCCUGACCUGACCUCUGACCCCUACCUUCCAGGAGGCACCUCCGCUGCCUCUGGGUCACCUGUCCUUCCCUCCCCAUGUCUCUGCUCCUCGGGUCCCUGGGCCUCCACUUCCAACCUGUUCCUGGGUUCCCCAAUAAAUCCACUGCCCCACCUCACCACCUCCUUUCCUUGGACACUCUUGGGGGCGGGGGGUCUCAUGGUUUUGGCCAGACGUUGUCUCCUCUGGCCACAAGUAUUUCUCGGACGGAGGCUGGGAGCUCCCAGAGAGCAUGGCUAACUGCUCGGGGCAGGGCCCCCAGGUGGACCCCCAACUGUCGCCCAGGGAGGCCACUGUUCCCGGGCUUCCCUCAGCCUGGGCCCCUGAGCCUUGCUGUGGUCUAGAGGCUCUCUCGGCCCUGGGCCCUUUCCUGCCACUGUCCCAUUUAGGAAAACUGGCCCCAGAGUCACCUGCCAAGAAGCAGGGCUGGGGGCUCAACACAGCACAGCCUCUGGGGGCCCUGGGAGCCUCUUGUGGACCCCCCGUGAGUUCUGCCAAUGAGCAGAAACGUGAUGAGGGACGGAGGAGCUGCUCCCAGCUCAUAGGGGGGACAACCAGGUGUGGAAACAAGAUAUUCAGGGGGGUGGCAGGGCCCACAGGGUCCCAUGUGCUGCCCAAGGACCCCCCUGAAGGUCCAGAUUCGUCUGGGAGCUUGAGGGACAAGGAGUCAUGGCUGCAGGGCCCCUGUGACCUGAGGACCCCCAGCAAGUCUGGAUGUGGCAACGGCCACGGGCAGCAGCCCACUGACCUUGGGGCGACGCUGGCACCGGGUGACGGCACCUACUGACAGGGGUGGAAGUACUCUGGGACAGUCACCUGGGGUGGGGUGAGAGUGUUGCAGGAAGUGGACCCCUACCCAGCCUGCAAUGGAUUAGACAGUGGACAACCCUCCCCAGCCCACCAGUUGCACUAGGCACUGCCUCCCCAGCCUCUGACCCCUCAGCCCUCCCACGGCCUAACGCUAAGGGCAGACCCACAGAGGGAGCCCUGCUUCCCUGAGCCCCCACCUCCCAGCCACACUGUCUGCCCCGCCUAUGGCUCAUUCCAGGUCCAACCUCCUCCCCUCCUGACCAGGUUUUCACCCACUGGUUCUGAUCAAAAUGGGCUUUGUCAAGGUAACAAGUCACAUUAUAUCCAAAGCAUCCAAUUUAAUUGUAAGUUUGAUCAGUUUUGAAAAAGGCCCACAGUCUGCGCCCAAGUCAAGGUAUGUAACACUACAUUUGUGCCCAAGGCUGCCUCACAUGCCUUCCCAUCAGCACUGAGCUCAGAGCCCCGCACCCUCCCUUCUGCUGAGUCAUCAAAGAUCAAUUUUUUCUACAGUGUCAGAAAUGAAAUAAUCUGUGCUCUCUGCAUCUGGCUCCUUUACUUGUCUCCCUUGUUGUGUACAUCAGUAGUUAAUUCAUUUUUAAUUGCUGAGCAGCAUUUAACUGCAUGGAUUUAUCCGUUCCCCUGUUAAAGUGCCUGUGGGGUCUCCAGGUCAGGGAUUAUGGAUGAAGCCACUGCGAACAUCUGCCCUCUGCAUGUUUUAAUUCUCCUAGGUAAAUCCCCAGAGGUAGGGCUGCUGGGCCUUGUGGUAAGCGCAGCCUGUAUAGUGAUAUUUGCAUUUCCCUGAUGACUCAUGAGGGGUCGGCUUCUCACGUGCUGGUUUGCCAUUUGUCAUCUUUGGUCAAGUGUCUAUUCAAAUCUUCUGCCCAUUUUUAAAAAUCCAAUUGUUUUUGUUAAUAUUCAUGGUAAGUGUUCUUUAU